CGGAAACAUCGGGAGUGACAACAAAAACACGGUUAACAUCGAUAAUUGAACAGACCAAUGUCAACAUGAAGGUUUUUAUCCUUAUGUUCCUGGGAAUAGGCCACCUUUACGAGGCAUUUGGUACGAUUCACUCCCUGAAGCAUUUCUACACUGCAUCCUCUGAAGUUUCCAACUUCCCAAAGUUUGUGGUUGUGGGGAUGGUGGAUGGUGUUCACAUGGUUCACUAUGACAGCAACAGUCAGAAAGUGGUGCCCGAACAGGACUGGAUGAAGCAGACAGACGCAGAGUUCUGGGAGAGCGAGAGAGAGAAUUUCUUUGAUUCCCAGCAGUCAUUCAAAGCUGAAGUUCAUAUUCUAAAGCAGCGUUUUAACCAAAGUGGAGGAGUCCACGUUCUCCAGUACAUAUAUGGCUGCUCAUUGGAUAAUGAGUCUGAACAGAAAGAGGGGUUUGGACAUCUGGGUUAUAAUGGGGAGAACUUCCUUGAGUACGACAUGAAGAAAUCCUCUUGGAAAUCUCUUAAACAACAAGCUGAUUUCAUGCAGGAUAAGUGGAACAGUGACAUCAGUAGACUGAACUUCUGGAAGUUCUACUUCACCCAGACCUGCAUUGAGUGUCUGAAGAAGCAGGUGGUCAAUGGGAAGAGCAUUCUGAUGAGGACAGUCCCUCCCUCAGUGUCUCUGCUCCAGAAGACCCCCUCCUCUCCAGUGACCUGCCACGCUACAGGUUUCUACCCCAGUGGAGUCAUGGUGUCCUGGCAGAAAGAUGGAAAUGACCAACAUGAAGAUGUGGAGCAUGGAGAGAUUCUCCUCAACGAUGAUGAAAGUUUCCAGAAAAGCACCCACCUCAGAGUGACACCUGAGGAGUGGAAGAACAACAAGUAUCAGUGUGUGGUUCAGAUCACUGGUAUCAAGGAGUACUUCAUCAAGGUUCUGACUGAGUCUGAGAUCCAGACCAACUGGGUUGACCCAGCCCCCAUCAUUGGAGGGGUGGUGGCUCUCCUCCUGGUCAUUGUUGUUGUUGUUGUUGGGGUCGUCAUUUGGAAGAAGAACAGCAACAAAGGGUUUCUUCCAGCCAGCACUGACGAGGACAACUCUGUGAGGGGUUUCCUGAAGACUUGAGAGACCUCUGCACUUCUGUAACAUCAGAGUAUAUCACAUAUAGGCUAUCUAGUACCCACACAUAUGUGUAUAUAUAAUAUACAUAUCUGUCAAAAAUAUUCUCUGGGGAUUUAAUUGAAAAGUUUUACUUUGAUUUAAUCCUUGGUUUGGCUUUUUAAAAGUUGUGCUGUAAUCUUGUUGAAUUAUAUAAUGUAAUAUUGCCACUGUGUGAUAGACUUCACAGUCUUACAGGUAUAUUAUAAUCAAUGGAACACCAGGAAAGUGUGUUUCUGGACAUGAUUAGAUUGUUGAUGUUAAAUUAGGAUUUGAACUUCUGUUAUUCUAAGUGAAGCCACCAAAACGAUCACAUUUAAAAUACAUGAAUUUAAACUGAGAUUUUUUUUUAUUUUGUUUGAAUGUGUAGUGUAGCUUCACAUAUGUUUUGGUGGUAUAAGAUACAGUAAUUAUGUGACAUUUUGCUCACACUAACUUGUUUAGUUGCAUGGCUAUAAGCCAGACAAGGCCUGUCCAUAUGUUCCAUUUGUACAUUUUUUCUUCUCUUUUACCAAAAGUGGCUUUAUUUUUCUAGUUUUGAUUUUAUGAUAUGUUUGAUUUAUGAUUUGUGGCAUAAAAAAUGUUUGACUAUA